AGGAAUUUCCCACCCUAGACGAAAUUCUUCGACAUUGCUUGGUGCACUCGACAAAAGUUUCACAGCAAAUCGUCGCAUCGCCAAUUCUUCAGGUCGACUCCGCCUUCGAUUCCCCCCACACCUGAAGAACACACGUCAAGAUGCGGUACAUUCACAGUCAGGAGACCCUGGAGAUUCCCGAGGGAGUCACCGUUUCUAUCAAGUCCAGGAAGGUCAACGUCGAGGGUCCCAGAGGCAAGCUCUCUAAGGAUCUGAGCCACCUGGCUGUCAACUUCUCCCACCCCCAGAAGAACAUCAUCGGUAUCGAGAUUCACCACGGCUCAAGAAAGAAUGUCGCCACUCUCCGAACUGUCCGUACUCUCAUCAACAACUUGAUCGUUGGUGUCACCAAGGGCUACAAGUACAAGAUGCGUUACGUAUACGCUCACUUUCCCAUCAACGUCAACCUAGAGAAGAACGGCGAGACUGGAUUGUGGGAGGUCGAGAUCCGAAACUUCGUCGGAGAGAAGCUGGUUCGCCGAGUCGUUAUGCAGCCCGGUGUCGAUGUCGAAGCCUCCAAGGCCCAGAAGGAUGAGCUGCUGAUCCUCGGCAACUCCCUAGAGGCUGUUUCACAAAGUGCAGCCGAUAUCCAACAGAUUUGCCGUGUCCGCAACAAGGAUAUCCGAAAGUUCUUGGACGGUAUCUACGUAUCGGAGAAGACAAACAUUGUUGAGGAUAUCUAAACGGUCAUUCGGGAUUUCUUUAUUGCUUUCUGGGUCCCUUGGAGUCGUCGGGGUUCAUCUGCAUGUGACGUAGCGGAAAUAGCUACAAAAAUGGAACAAAAAUAUCUGAAUGAACGGAAUUAUCGGGAAACGACCUAAUGCGUCCACAACCUGACUCUUUUGAAAGAGCUUCGCGAUUUACGAAAAUACAGGGUUCCAGAUAUGGGGUUGAAUACCAAAAUGCAACGAACCACCCGACCGGCAUCUCACGGUGUUCCGGGGCUUAUUCGAGAAAGUUUAGGCAAAAUCUAUUCAUUCUUCGUACAUGCUAGUGAUGCUGCCUGGGUUUCAUCUUUCCGUGUAUUCCUGCUUUUGGCUCUAUUCAUUCUCUUUCAUUAAGAGAUUUUGUUGCGAUCUUUGUGUCACGACUUCUCUACACCUACCUACCAUGUCAAAAUGCCUGACGAUACACGCCUUGCUGUCCAUGCGUGAAGGUGCAUACGGCCCGGACGAGCUAGACGAGCGAUUUUCAUAGGAAAGGAGAAGAAAUAAAAGAUGACGAAGAAGAGAAUCAUUCUGGUAUAUGAUGCUUGAUUUUCAUACGCUUACCCUUUUUUCGUGACUGCGCUAUAGGAUGUGAAAUAUUCAUAAGCCGUGCACUGCCUCUCAAUGUUGUGAG